UGCAAUGCCGCUUUCAGGAAACCAUGAACUUAUAUUCAUGGGUUUCCGAUUUAAAAUCUUUGAAACUCGAUGAUUUUCACCACGAAGCAACUUCUCCCCACACGAGUACCUCUUAGCACUGAAAAUGGACACAGAUUCAGCGGCCGUACAUUCCAAGGCUCUUACGCAUGGACAGCGGGGACAUUUACAAUGGUCAUUUUUCUUUGGGGAAAAAAAGCUUUAAAUAUCCCGAUGUGCCAGGGAUAUUCCAGACCAUUGUGUGUGUGUGUGUGUUUUUUUUAAAGUGUGGCUUUUUGUUUACGAAUCUGUACAAACUGAGUAAGCUGCUGGGUUUACCCGCGGUUGCCAGGCAAUGGCGAGUGGCUGGAGGCGCCGCAGCUCCAUGGAGACGGCCAGUUGGUGCUGAGACGAAGCCAACAGCAGGCCGGAGGAGAGGGUCAGGCCACAAGCUUCUCCGGCCGCCCACAUGGAUAUUCUGGGCGUGAGGACCUCGCACUCUGAAAUCAUAUUCACUGCCACGGAACCCAGGCAAACGUACCGUACAACACUCACCGUGCUAAACAUCAGUAGCGUCUCCAGAGUGGUGAUCGUUCGUCCAUCAAAGAGCAAGUUAUUUAAAAUAAUUGCAAAGAAGAAUAAUAUAAAAAUUGCUCCUGGAGUACAAAUUUCAGUAAUUAUAGAGUUUUCCACAACAAAAGCAGUUGAUGCAUCAGAUGUAUGCACUAUAGGCAUAGAUGAGGACAUUAUAACAAUACCUCUACAUGCAUUUACCGCUGCCUGUGAUCUUAGUGUUGAUCGAGAAGUUGAUUUUGGUACUGUUGUCGCUGAUAGUAGAGUUAUUUUCAAAGAGAUAUGUGUUACAAAUAAUGGAUCUGUCUCAGGGCGCUUUGCAAUUGCAAGUCCAAGAAAUCAAUUCAUGACUAUUUUACCUAGGAAUGGAACAGUUCAACCAAAAAAUGUGUUUUUGAUCAAAGUUGAAUUGUAUACUUAUCAACCAAUGGUUCUCGAUGAAAUGAUCAAGAUGAGGUUGGAAGAUGCUGACGAUACAGUUGUGAAAAUUAAGGGAAAUAUUGUUGUGCCAACUUUGGAACUCAUUGAUUUUUCUGGCCAGAAACUUGAAUGCAUUCAAUUUGGUAGUGCCUAUUACGGAACCUCAAAGCUGGAGCAAAUUUUUGUGUAUAACAACAGCCCUGAAUCUAUUAACUGGGUGACACUGAUGGAAAAUGAUGCUGUUGGAUCUGAAGUGGGUACAGAUCUGUCUCUGAGUUCAGAGGCAUUUUUGGCAGAUAAAAUGAAAGAAGACUACAGACCAACUGCUUAUACAUCUGAUCUGAUUGCAUGUCAACCUUGCGAAGGGAUUCUGAACCCAUACAGCGAAAUCAUUGUUACUCUGUGCUUUAGCCCCAAGGAAUUUCCUGCUACAAAAUUUCACAAAAAAGAGGAUGAAAUACCAAAAUUCAGAGAGUAUGCCCUUUAUGUGAGAUUUGAGACUGUGCGCAGCUGUGAUAUUUUUCCACCACAGCAAAAAUUAUCCAAUGAAAGCGAUGGGAGAAAAGGUCAACAACGAGUUGAGGUAGCACUUACUGGAAUAGGGUGCCCUGUUAACUUAAACAUCGGUCCAGUGUCAAAAUUUGAUUUCAUGGAAUGCUUUCUUGGUGAAAAGGUGAACGUUAAGGGAAUUCUUCGAAAUGACUCACAUUUACUUCCACUCAACUUCCAGUUUCGUCAGAUGGCCCAUUUUCGGGUCACUCCUGCUAAAGGAGACCUUAAACCAGGACAGUCAAUGGAAGUUGUGAUCUCUUUUGCUGCACACCAGCUUGGAAAAGUUGAAAUAAACCAAGUGAUCGACUUUUUUGGAUUGGUUGCAUUUCCAAACAAUCCAGUGGAAUUGAAGAUGGAAUUAUUUCAUCAGAUAAAAAUUCCCUUUACAGGUGUUUGCAAUUCUCCCGUGAAGAAACCAAAAGCAAACUAUAUGCCUGGCAAAGAAACGGAUCAUUCGGUCGAGCAGAUGACUGGUAAAAUCAGCAAGAUGAGGGAAUUAUCUCCUGAUACACUGCUUACUGGGUGUGGAAGUGUUUAUUCUAGGAAGAAAAAAAACAAAAGUGCCACAGGAAUGAAACAUCACACUUGUGUGGAUUCUGAAUAUACUUAUGAUGAUAAGGAGGUAGAAACAAUGAAAGCUCGGAAGAAAUAUUAUGAACGGUAUGUCCAAGGUCUGAGGAUACGUCGUCUCCAAAAGCAGGAUCACAGAGAAUUUGAUGAAUUUAACAAUGCAGUGGACAUUGGUAUAAGACCAGCAGAAGGAUUGCGUUCUCCAAAACUUUCAGCCAAAGAUAUAGUUCACGAGAAACUGGUGAUAGAUGUAUGUGCUGCGGUACCACCUAUCCGAAUACGCAAGCUUAAAGUCAAAGGAGUUCCUCCACUAUCAAAACCGGGAUUGACAUGUGGCGUUAGUCAUUCUUCAACAGCAGAGUUUGGUCUUAAUGCUGUCCCAUCUUCACAUCAAGAAGAGAUGGAUUGCAGUUUAACACUGACACCUCAGCAGCUACACCAAAUAUUCAUUGGCCCAUCCACCGUUGACUAUGGCACAGUGUGUGCACAUUCAUCAUCAACCCAGAAUUUGAAUAUUGUAAACAACUUAGCUACACACAUUUUAAUUGAAGUGGAUACUGUUUGUGUAGAGCUGCGGGAAUCCAGUCCAUUAUCGCAGGUUGUCCCACCCAUGUCUACGGCUUACCUACCACUGGUGUUCGAAAGUAUAAUCAAGGGACCUUUUCAGAAAUCAAUUACCUACAGAAUAAAUAACGUCCAUUCUGGUCGUAUAUUAGUAAUGGCAAGUGUGGUUAGCGUUGAACUUGAGCUAUCAACCAAUGAGCUGGUUUUAUCCCCAAACUAUGGGCUCCUGCAUGAAUCGGGCAUGAGGACAACAGUGCGGCUCUAUAACAGGAGAAACUACACUGCUCAAUUCAGCUGGAUUCCAGUACUUACAGAAGAGGGAAUGGCUUUCUUCAUCCGACCUGAUGGAGGUGUUGUUGGUGCAUUUAAUGAUUUGGAAUGUGAAGUUGUCUGGCAUGCAUCAUUUUUCUCCCCUGUGAAAGGUGAUUUUGAUCUUAUUGUGCAUGAGGGGAACAAGAUCAGAUUGACGUGUGCUGUCGAGGUACAACAUUUUAUUUUUUUGUGCAGAUCACUUUUAAGUUAUUUUUCCAGUGUUGAACUGUUAUAUCUGUCAGAAUUGUUGCAUAUUUUAGGUCUUACCAUUGUUAACCUCCAAAACCACUUUAUAUGUUUUUUUAAUUUACAGCUUGGUCAAAUUAAUGUUCACUUUGUUGAGAAUCGUGUGCUUUUUAAUUCUGCCGCUUUGAACAUAAGUAUCACAAAGGUAGCUGUUAUCAAAAAUCAGGGGCAAAACCAUGCGUACUUUAAGGUCAGCAAUGAGAAUUGUGUGCCUGGUAUGACAGUAAUUCCUACUCAUGGAGUAAUACCUGUUGGAGGUUUUACAUGUUUAAAUAUUUUCUUCCACCCAACUACAAUUUUCAAAUUUGAUACCAGACUAAAGGUAGACAUUCGCAAUUCAAAUAUGUUGAAACUACGGGUUGGAGGAUCAGUGAUACAACCGAUGGCUGAAAUCAAUCUGAAAUAUUUCAUGUUCUAUGGCAUCUACUGUGGUGCGACUUCAGUGAUUCCAUUCACUUUACUCAACUUAAUAGAAUCGCCCAUUAAGGUUGAAUUUGAUUUUUCUCAUUACAAAGAUUUCUCACUGAAGUUUGAAGCAUCUGCAGAUGCAAUUCAAGAUCCAGUCAAUCCUCAUUUGUUUGUUGCAAAUCUAAGAGGAAAGGAAAGUAUCAAGUGUGAAUUAUUCUUUGCCCCCACACAAGUUGCAUCCUACUAUUUUAAUCUGCCAGUCAAUAUUAAUGGUAGUCCAUCACCAUCUCCUCCUCCAAGUUCUAUACCACCUGAUCCUUAUGAAGAAAUGGCCUCUGAUUCUUCUUCAGAACAAUUACAGAGUCCGACACCAUCUCACAAAGUGAAAGCUACAGGUAGGAAAAAUACUACCCGAGGCAUAUUUUUAAAGCAAAUUGUUCAUGUGAUAUUCUUCUUCACAACAAUCAUCAGGCUAAAAAUUGAAAUACAGAAUACCUCCAAAAAGGAGGUAACAUGGUUGUUGGAUAUAAAUAGUCAAGAAAACAAAGCUCUCGAUGAAGGUAUUUUCAGAAUCUAUAACUAUAAUGGGAGUCUUCAACCAGGCCAAAGACACUGCAUUACCAUUGGCUUUUGCCCAAGUUACCCAGGCAAUUAUUCAAUUGAAAUACCCAUGUUUAUUAAUGAGGAAAAAACCAUCCGGUAUCGAGUGAUUUCUGUGACGGGUGUUAUACAUACUUCUAAGAUGAUUAUCGAUCCCUCUUUUGUGAACCUGCACCCAGUUCCUCUAAAUACAGAAACAAGAGCAACAGUCCAAAUUAGUUGUAUGAAUUGUCUCAGUGACUGCACGAUCAAAGCUGAAAUUCCAGAUGUAGAAAAUGAAGAUGGGAGCUGGUUUCAACCCAUAUCUUGUGAGUUCCCUGAAGGUUCAUCUUCGCUGUGUGUGAAUGGAACAAACAAAAGUAUAACGUGCAACAUCACCUUCUGUUCAUUCACCCCAAUUUCAAUAUCUGUGGAUGUCAUAUUUAUUGAUCAGGAUCAGAACAGGCUGAAGCUUCCAAUCACUGCAUCUGCAGAUAAUUGUCUGUUGACUUUGUAUAGAUACGUAGGUGUUCACCAAACAGACCAGCAAAUUGUUCUCAAAACUGCAACUACUUCAACCAACUAUCCAAGUGAUGGAAAAGUAAUUCUUCAACCAUAUUACAGCCCUGGAACCUCACUAAGUUCAUCUACACUCACGGCAUUUUCGACUGUGUCUUCUUAUUUUCCAGAUUCUUCUCCAGGUACCACUGCUACUUCCAAAAUGGAUAAGGGCAGUGACGUGAGUGAUCGUGAAUUUGUAGGUGUCACGAGCAAUUGGAAAAAGCUCAUGUUUUUUGAAGAAGAUGUAUUCUGCCAAAAGGUCCUAACAGCUAUACAGGUCUGGGUCAGUCUGUUUGGUUGGCCAAAUGGAAUGAAUCCUAUUUCUAUCCCAGAGUCACUAAGAAGAAUAAAAUCAUGCAGAAAGGGAACAAAAACAAUUUAUGAUCUGCUGAACCAUCUAAGUGGCCAUCAUUUGCUUGGUCUGACAGCAAACCAGAUAUUGCCCAGUGACCCUGUGGAAUGUAUAUUACAAUUGCAUUGGCACUAUUCAACACUUCUCGUUUUCCUAAGAGCUCAAGGAGCUUGCCUUGCACACGUGAAACCGGAGUUCUUAUUGGAGCCUGAACAGUUUAAGCAAUGGAAUCAAUUACAGCAUUGUUUACAGAACACCGAAAGUACCAACAUUUCUGACCUGGAUGAAUAUGUCUUUGAAUCAAUAAGCAAGCGUUCAUGGACUGAUAUAUUGCUGCAGAUUUACAAGGUUUUUGUGCUUUCUCGAUUGACUGUGAAGGAUAUCAACAAUAUGCAUAGCAAUCUAGGAUGCUUAGAAAGCUUACCGAGAAUAAAUGCUGAUCCUCUUUCCAGCAAUGUAUAUUCUAUUGGUGAGCGUGUCCUGCUGACAUGGCUCAACUUUCACUACGAAUCUAUGAGAAAAUCUGUGUGGGCAUGUUGCACUAAAGGUGCUGCACCACCGACACGCUGGAUAAUUAAUUUUGAUUUAGAUUUGUUGGAUGGGUUGGUGCUGGCAGCUGUCCUGGCUGCUUAUUGCCCUGAUGUGAUUCCAACUCAUCUGGAGAAUAUGUUCACAUGUCCAUCUACUCCUGAGCAAUGCCUGCAUAAUAGCUUGGUACUCUUAAAUGCAUUUAAUGCUAUUGGCCUUGAUUUUGACAUACAGGCCACAGACAUUUCAGAUCCAAAUCCUAUCAUGAUGCUUAUGCUCUGUGUUUAUUUGUAUGAUCGACUUCCCAACUAUCUUCUUACGAAGAAUGUAGAAUUUGUUGGUGAACUGCAUGCUACCAUUGUUAAAAAAAUUCGAUUGCAAAAUCAAAUUGACAAACGAUUAGUUUAUUUCGCAACAAUAGUAGGAAAGGAUGCACGACAUUUCUCAUUGCCUGAUGGAAACAAGGUGUCAAUCUCCUCAAGGAAUUAUGUUGAUGUAACUGUGGAAUUCACAAGCCGAUUCCUGGAGCCAGUACAAGCUCUACUAGUGUUUGUAUCAAGGUUAAAAAAAGGAAUAGUGUGUGCAACAAGAACAUUUUCACUCGUAUCACAAGUAAACAAGAUGAAUCCUACUGCCUCUAUUAAAUGCGAAUCUCCAUGUUAUGAGCAGAAAAUAAUACAAAUGAAUGUCACCAACCCAUUGAAAGAAAUGGGAGUCUUCAGGGUGAUUUUAAUGGAGCACCACAAUGCUCUUUUUAAGACUGAGGAAUUUAAAUGCAUUGCAGCUUUGCUUACCAAACUGAAGACGCAAACAGGAAAAUGGAAUGCAAGGCCUGGUGAAUUUGAAAAUGGAAAAGAAAUUGAAAAUGGUGCGGAUGAUCCAAAUGUGAACCUGAAGAACACUCUUCAGGAUAAUUGGGUGCCCGAGUUCUUCACUCAAGUGGAGUCAUUGCACAUGGAAGCUCAAGGUUCUUCAGUUAUGGAGGUUGUGUAUCUUCCCUUUCAUACAGGGAAUUCCCACUGUACCAUUUUCUUCGUCAAUGAACAGGUCGGUGAAUUUGCGUACUGUCUUGAAGGAACUGGUAGUAUACCAUUACCCGCCACAGGACUACAAGUGCUUAGUUCACGUGCAAUACAGAACCAUUGCUUUGCUUCAGAUGAUAGGAAUGCAUCACAAGUCAUUAUGUACUACAAAUGCAAUAUUGCCUGUUCCUUUGAUCAAGUAUUGAAAAUCCCAUUGAUAAAUGAAGCCAGAGAAAAAGCUCUGGCAAUUGUAGGACAGCGGUGGAUGUCAGAAAUAGAAUACAAACGCAGAAAGGUUGCUGGGACAUUGGAAAGCAGUAGUGUCCGAGCUUCAGUUGCAACGAUUGUGUUGCACGACUCUGAGCUAAAAAUAUCUCACGCCCCUGGAAAAUAUUGCAAAAAUCCAAGAUGUGUUGACUACACCAUAGAGCUGUCUGCGCCUAAGCACUUUGAAUGUCCAGAUACAGUAUCUGUUCCUAUAAUCAGAGUACACAGGGGAAAUUUCAAGUCGCAUUUGAAGCCUGGAGGUCUGAACUUCAGUGAAAUAGAUGAAGAAGCUUCAGCCAGCCUGCCAAUGAAAUUUGUAUCAGAAGGGCCAGGCCACUACCCUUGUAAGAUCCUGUUGCAGUCCAAAUAUGAUGUCCGUUUGUAUAACAUUCUGUGUGUGGUAAAUCCUGAAGAGUACUUUGAGACUGAGUUGGAAAUUGCUGCGUCUACCCACCAUUCCGUCAUUAAAAAUAUUCAUUUGCAUAAUGACACCCAAGAAGACUGGAUAAUUCUAGCUGUUCUGGAAGGGAAUGGCUUCUUUGGCCCAUCGAUGCUUAUUAUUCGAGCUUGUGAAACGACAAUGUACCCAUUAAUGUUCAAACCAGAUUUUGAAUGCGUGACUAUGGGUAAACUUGUCCUGACAAACCAAACAGAUGGUACUGAGCGUAUUUUCAAUCUCAAAGGGAUAGGCAAAAGUCCAGUGGCAAUGGAUCAUAUUGUGAUAGACUGUCAAGUAAGACAGACAGCAAAGAAGGUCCUAUCAGUUCCCAAUUACACUCAAACCAAGUUAACCUGUAAGGUUGUUUCAGACUUGCCAAUAGUGAGUGGAGUACCCCAUGUUACCUUAAAAGCUGGACAAACUGUUCCCUAUGAGAUUAACAUUUUACCAUGGAAGCAAGGGAACUUUACAGGUGUAAUUUCAUUUGUGGCUGGAGAUGAUACUCUACAGCAGGGCCAGCUGCCAGUCAGCAGUGGCGCAGUGGAAAAGCCAGAUGGUGAACAGCCAGUAAUGAACGUGACAUCAAUGGCAGCUGAAACAACUGGGGAUACUAACUCUGCAAAGAAUAACAAAAUAUACAGAAUCUGGUUUUACUUGGAGAUUAAUUCUGUCCCAGGUCCACCUGAGCAGUCCUUUGGAGUAACUUGUGCUGUACAGGAAUCCAUAGAUGUGAAGAUCGUGAUAACUAAUCCCAUUGAUGAACCCCUGACACUGGAUGUUAUGCUGAAUGGAGAUGGAAUUACAGGAGACACCUGUUUGGUAGUUAAGCCAAAAGAAACAAUUUCCUAUGUGGCCAGGUUCGCUCCAAGCAUUGUUGGUGAAACUAUUGGAAGUGUUACCUUCUACUCAGACCUCAUAGGAGAGUUUUGGUAUAAACUCAACCUUGUUGCAAAGAAACCAACACCACUAACCCUUCCAGAACUGCAGUGUGAGCUGGGGAAAUGGGCUCGUCAGUUCAUUCCUCUCGCUAAUUCUUCUAUUGAAACUUUGAAAUUGAAAGUUGUCAACAGCAACCCAACAAAUUUUUCAGUAGAAAUUGAUCCAAGAAAGGAGAUAAUUGUGAAUCCUCUGACUACAACUGAAGUACCUGUUCAAUUUUUCCCUUCAACACUGGGAAAAGGCAAUCAUUCCGCGACGAUUAUCUUCAAGUGUCCUCAAUUACAGGAGUGGACCUUUCAUCUGUCAGGAAUAGGCUUGCUUCCCCUUCAGAUGGACCCUGUUAGUAUCACCACUUGUGUUAACUCUCAUGCAUCGGUUAUCGUGCCUUUCAAGAAUCCAACUGAUGAUUAUCUUCUGGUAGAUGUGGUGCUGACAGAUGAUGAACAAAUCACCCACAAUAAAAGUCCUGCAGAUCUGCUACAAUCCAUUAACAAACACGGUGUUUUCUGCAUUCCAUUGAAACAAAGUAGAGAUAUAUUACUUCCACCAAAAGAGAAAUUGGACAUCCCUUUGAUAUUUGCACCAGAAUACAUGACGAUGUAUGAGGGUCUGAUUGUCGUCCAAAUUAAGAAGCAGGAUGGUAGUACUUGGCCUUGUGCAUUACCUAAUGCAACAACUGAAGACAUUAGAAGCUUUUGCAGAUCGGAAAAGGGGGAAAUUUCUGCAAUUCGAUGGCUGUAUCCAAUUAAUGGUAUCCCUGAAGCAUUGCCAGCAAAACGGCCCCCUGCUGUGAUCCAGUGCCAAGCUCAACAAAGAAUCGAAAAAACAAUAGAAAUUAUCCUUACUGGUGCCGUUCCUGGUUCUGCACAAACAGCAAUAAUGGAGGAUGAAACUGACAUUUCUUGUACUUGUGAAGAGGAGAUUCAGGAAACCAACAGACAAAGCAUAGGAGAUGAAUUUUUUUAUGAAAUGUUGUAUGAGACAGAGGAAAUAAGAGCUCAUAUGGAACCUACAGUUGCAAUAAGCUUUGUGAAGAAGGAAUGGGACACACAGACUGGCAUUGUUAUGCUCACCUUCAAUGUUGUUUUUGCACCAUCCACUCCAGUCAAGCAAACAGUGAUGCUGAAGGUGCAGUCUGUUACAGGUGGGGUCUGGAAAUUCCCAUUGCAUCUGACUGCCACUGAGCCACAUGUAGACGAUAUCAUCAAUAUUGAAACAACUGGGCUGAAUAAAGAGUCUAUUGUUUGCUUUAGGCUUACAAGCCAGACAAGGAAUCCCAUACCAUUCACAGCACUAUUCCUACCUUGUAGUGAUCCGGAAUUUGUGGUAUCACCUCAAGCUGGAGAAUUGCUUCCGCUUGGCACAACUGGGACUCUAAUUACUAUUGGAUUCAUCCCACGAACGUACAGCAAGAAAUACAAAGCAAGACUGCUCAUCCAGACAACAGAUAUGCAAUGGAUAUAUGAGCUCAAUGGUUUGGAUCCCCAGUACAGUCCUCCGAACCUUCAACAUGGCAAACUCAUCACUUCAAGGUUUAGGCAUUCUGUUCCUGUACGACAACGCAACUUCAUUCGUGAAAAUCUCAGAGUGAUAGCAACUGCAGUGUCCUCUCCUCUUAAAGGUGCUCCUCUCGUCACAUUAAGCAAAACAAGUAAAGCAAAGUAAAUGGAAAGUAAUUCGCAUUUAGUUGCAUUUUUAUAUUGCGAAUGUUUAAAGUUGAUAAGAAUACUGAACAGAUGGGGAAAUUGCCAUGAUUUCAUUAACUACUAUGAACUAAUGCGUGUUGUUGCAUGAUUAUAUCUUAUGCAUUGUCUUUUUCCAAUAAAUAUUUUCAAAAUGACCAUCAUCAAUUCAUAUCAUAUUCUAUAUAAAAGAUUUUGUCUGCAUUCACAUUUUUUUAAACCAUAAAUUCUAUAUGAUCAUCAAACUUUUUUCCCCAAUUUAAUACGUUCUGAAAAAUUGAUGCAAAACAGACCUAUAAUGUUUGGUACCAUGUGUUAUAAUUGCCAUGUUUUAUUAACUACUAUGAACAAAUGUGUGUUACAUGAUUAUAUCCAGUGUAUAGUAGUUUUCCAAUAAAUAUUUUCAGAAUGACCAUCAUCCAUUCAUGCCAUUUUUAUUUUUAAGAUUUUGUCCUGCAGUCACAGUUUUUAAAUUAUAAAUUCUACACGACCAGCAAAAUAUUGCUCCAGUUUAAUACUUUUUGAAAAAUGGACACA